GACACCUCCACCAUCAGUCACCUUCUGACUUACCUACAUCCCAGUGUUCACUUGGGGAUCGGUUAGACUUACACUUUAAGGAAGGCAGCACCAACAAACAUGAAGUUGUGUUUGUUGUGGAUCGCCUUGCUGGCUAUCGCUCGUACGUCCGUGGCUCAGAAUGGAUACAGCUAUCCGAAACCGAAUAAUCCUUUGAUACCAGGAGGUUCUCCGGGUACAUCGAAACCUGGUGGUGGUUUUCCGGGACUUUCGGAUGAAGGAUUCCCAAGUCCUGGGUCGGGACCGUCUGGUACUCCAGGCUCUUCUGGCAAGCCUGGAGAUUCUUCUGGAUAUCCUUCUGGAGGUCCUGGUGGUCGUCCUGGCUCGCAGCCUGGUGGACAAGGACCCAAUGGACCGAAUGGGGGAUAUCCUUCUGGAGGUCAAGGACCCUCCGGUGGAUAUCCUAGUGGACGACCCUCUACUCCAUUCCCAAACGGAGGACAAGGUCCUAAUGGUGGGCAAGGACCACAGGGCCCUGGAGGAAAACCUGGUGGGCAGAACGGAUAUCCCAGUGGUCGUCCUGGAGGUCAAGGACCAAGUUCAGGUUAUCCCAGUGGGUCACCUUCAGGGUAUCCGGGUAGACCGCAAGGGCCUCAAGGACCCGGUGGCAAACCACAAGGACCUUCUAGCAUUCCUUCUCCCGGAUUUCCAAAUGGACGCCCAACUGGUCAAGGUCCUAAUGGUGGACAGGGCCCACAGGGACCAGGAGGUUAUCCUAGUGGUGGACAGGGUCCACAGGGACCGGGAGGUUAUCCUAGUGGUGGACAGGGCCCACAAGGACCCAGUGCAGGUUAUCCAGGACAAAGACCAAGCGGUGGACAGGGUCAAGAUAAACCAAUAUAUGGCCCUCCUAACGGAGGACAAGGACCAAGUGGUGGAAAAGCUCCCCAAGGACCUUCGGGUUAUCCCAAUGGUGGGCAACGACCUCAGGGACCUUCAGGUUAUCCCAGUGGUGGACAAGGGCCUCAGGGACCUUCGGGUUAUCCCAGCGGUGGACAAGGACCUCAGGGACCUUCUGGUUACCCUAGUGGAGGAAAGGGUUCUCAAGGACCUUCUGGAUACCCUAGUGGUGGACAAGGUCCGCAAGGACCUUCCGGGUAUCCCAGUGGUGGACAGGGAUCCCAGGGACCUUCAGGUUAUCCCAAUGGAGGACAAGGUCCUCAAGGACCAUCUGGUGGUUUUCCAUCCGGAGGCCAAGGACCUCAAGGACCAUCUGGCGGUUUCCCAUCCGGAGGACAAGGACCUCAAGGACCUAGUGGAAGACCUGGAACCGGUGGAUUCCCAGGAUCAGGCCCAUCUGGUCCCGGAUUCCCAGGAACACCUGGAGGAUUCCCAAGUGGACAAGGCCCUCAAUCCGAUGAAGGAACCUACGAUGAAGGCGACUAUUCCGCCAUUCCUGGAGAGCCUGGCCGAGAUUAUCCAAUUUACGCUGACAUUCCUGAAACCGGUUUUCGGUGCGAUGCCCAGCAAUAUCCGGGCUACUAUGCGGACGUCGAAACUCAAUGUCAAGUCUUCCAUAUUUGUGCGAACAACAAAACGUAUGAUUUCCUCUGUCCAAACGGAACGAUUUUCCAUCAGCAGUACUUCGUUUGCGUCUGGUGGAACCAGUUUGACUGCAAUUCAGCACCGAGUUUCUUCUACUUGAAUGAGAACUUAUACGACUACACCAUCGUUGGCAGUCAAGGCCCUCAAGGUCCAGGCUUUACGGGACCUUCCGGACCAACUGGAGGAUAUCCUGGUACACAGGGUCCAUCAGGACCUAGUGGCCCAUCUUUCCCAGGGCAAGGACCAUCAGGACCCUCUGGCCCAUCUUACCCUGGACAAGGACCAUCUGGACCUUCUGGUCCAUCCUAUCCUGGAAAAGGACCCUCUGGACCUUCUGGCCCAUCUUAUCCCGGACAAGGACCUUCUGGCCCAUCGUAUCCUGGACAAGGACCCUCUGGACCUUCUGGCUCAUCUUAUCCCGGACAAGGACCUUCUGGCCCAUCGUAUCCUGGACAAGGACCCUCCGGUCCUUCUGGCCCAUCCUAUCCGGGACAAGGGCCCUCAGGUCCCUCUGGCCCAUCAUACCCGGGGAAAGUACCCUCUGGACCGUCCGGUCCAUCUUAUCCCGGACAAGGACCUUCUGGCCCAUCGUACCCAGGUCAAGGACCUUCAGGACCCUCUGGCCCAUCGUACCCAGGACAAGGACCGUCAGGACCUUCCGGUCCAUCGUACCCAGGACAAGGACCUUCAGGACCCUCUAGCCCAUCGUACCCAGGACAAGGACCGUCAGGACCUUCCGGUCCAUCGUACCCAGGACAAGGACCUUCAGGACCCUCGGGCCCAUCCUACCCAGGACAAGGACCUUCAGGACCCUCUGGCCCAUCGUAUCCUGGACAAGGACCUUCUGGUCCAUCGUAUCCCGGUCAGGGACCACAAGGAGGACCAGGAACACAAAGACCGGGUGGUCCAGGUGGAUAUCCAAGUGGCAAACCUCAAGGACCAUCAGGUCCAUCAGGACCAUCCGGUCCCGGGUUCCCUACAACCCAAGGGCCGCAAGGACCCCAAGGCGGCCCCAGCAGCCCUGGUGGAUAUCCCAGUGGCAGACCUACUGGUCCAGGAUUCCCCAGUGGACCCUCAAGUCCGUUCCCAGUUGGAAAACCUCCCCAGUCAGACACGCCGUUCCCACCUCAAGGCCCGUCAAAGCCAGAGCGUGAGUAUUUGCCACCACGAGCCGGAUAACUCUGCAAACUUGCAUUCGACAAUCUAGCCAAUGCCCACAGCGAUCCCACCGUUGUUGGUGCUGGACCUUAAGUGUAAAUACGAGCCUCCUUACCUAAUAAGCCUAAUAAGCUUUCUAAGCCUACCUAAGUAAUACAUCCUAACUGUGUUACUUAUUACUUAUACGGACAACUCUACGUAUAUAGGCGAAAUACUAUUAAUUAUUUUUACAUAAAUAAGACGUUGAAGAAAUUUCGUCGCCGUCCGACUUUAACGCCAUAAAAAAAAAACGAACAAGCAAUAUCAAGACAAACUAACGAGCAGAUGAAGAUCUUCCAUCAUCAAGAUUCCACGUUAACAAUGUGAGUUAAGAUGAUCUAAUCUAAUGCUGUAAUAACUUCUGCCUGCGGCCACUUAAAGGACGGACGUCGACUUUACAACUUAUGAGUAUUAUUACACAACGUAUUUAUUUAUUCAGCUUGAAUAGAAUUCCAGUUACCACAGAGAGGUUACCAGUAUAGAUUACUAUUUUAGAUGAUAUCGCUAGGAGGACUAUUAUCCACAUUUUUACAUUUUUCAAUAUUUUUUUUUUCCAAAAAUUUUUAAGUCACGUACCCGUGACCAUUCCAAUAUUAUAACGUUCGUAUUACCACAGUACCGCUCAGCAAUAUUAUUACAGUUAGGCAAUACAUGACACAAUUCUAAUUAUAUAUAUUUUUAUAACAAUGGUUUGAGACUCCUACGUGGGAUGCCAUUAUGUAUAUUUUAUACGUGAAAUAAAGGAAACACCUUUGCAACUA